AUGACAAUAACAGCUAAGCACUUCUCUCCCGACCUCAUUCAGAGGGACCAACGCCAGGUCAAGGGAGACCGCGUUGAGAAAUCAUACUCUGCGAUGGAUUUGGAUCUUGCAUCUAAACACUAUCUUUCAGGCAUCCUCCACAGUGAGCUUCGUCCAGCCCAAACCACGGACACGGAUAAUUACCUCAGCCAAGGGGAAGGUUCUGUCAAGCCAUUCUCUCUUCUAGAUCCUACGCAGAGCCAUGAUGAAAUUCGAAGACAAAUGCCAUCAGAUGCAACAUUCAUCGAUGUCUACCCUUGCACGGCUCUUCAAGAAGGGCUGCUGGCAUUAUCAAUGAAGGAGUCCGGCAGUUUUACUCCUCAAAUAAUAUGCAAGCUCCCCAGAGGCAUUGAUUUGAAUAAGUUCAAAGCUGCUUGGCAGAGCACAGUCGAUUCAAAUUCGACACUUCGAACUAGCUUCGUUCAAACGCGGACUUUAGGCCUACUUCAAGUAGUUUUGGCGCCAGAACCCAUCCUCUGGUCCGAAGAGAUCGACCUCGAAAGCUACUUGAGCAACGACAGAAUUAUCUUCCCUUCAUUUGGAAAGCUCCUAUUGAGAUACGGUCUCAUUCAAAGCCACUCAUCUGAUUCAUUAUAUUUUGUUUGGACUUUUCAUCAUGCCGUUCUUGAUGGAUGGAGCAUGCGCUUGGUACUUCGACAAGUCGAAGAAUCAUACAGAGGAGAGAGUUUUCAACCGUUGGUGGAAUUCAAGUGUUUCAUUGCCCACCAAAUGAGACUUGAGAAGCAAUCACAGAAAGCGAGUGAAAUGUUCUGGAGUAAUCAUCUAGCAAAUAUUUCGGGGGCACAAUUUCCAGUUGUCCCAUCGCAACAUCAAUCGCGUGCGAAUGGCUACUCGGAAAGAUUUAUUUCCGUGAAGGAAAACCUAUUAGCUGGUGCAACGACCUCUACAAUUAUACAAGCUGCAUGGGGAAUCCUAGUAGCACGACGUACCGCUGCGACGGAAGCUACUUUUGGUCUCGUGCUUGCAGGGCGAAAUGCAAAGAUUGUAGGUCUCGAUAUGAGAAGAGUAAAUGGUCCAACAUUCAAUUCAUUACCGAUGCGAGUAAUCAUUGAGGACAAAAAAUCUGCGGAAGAUCUAUUUGCUUCGGUUCAUGAUUCUCGAGUCGCCAUGAAACCCCAUCAGCAUCUUGGCCUACAAAAUAUCCGUAGGCUCGGAACGGACUGCACAAAAGCUUGCAGCUUCCAGAAUCUACUCGUUAUUCAACCCAGAUUAGAGAGAGAUCCCAACAGUAUAUUCGGCGCCAGAGAGAAUACUAGUGACCACUGGGCAAAGUUGAAUGCUUAUCCUCUCAUGAUGCAAUGUGAUUUGAUGGGAGAUGGCUUCACUGCAAUGGCCAGUUACGACUCUCACGUUUUAUCUGACCAAGAAGUCAAUAUUCUGCUGCAACAAUUUGACAACAUCAUAUCUCGUUUGUCCGAUGCAAACACACUGGUUGGUAAUAUAGGGCUGGCAAUGGAAACCCCACAAAAACAAUUAGCAAUUCAAGAAACCGAAGCUGAAGAGGUUCAUUCGUGUGUCCACGAAGUCAUUCAGCAGAGUUCGCAAAGCCGCGGAUUCGAUGUAGCGGUGACAUCUUGGGAUGGAGAAUUGACGCAUUCCCAAUUACAUUCUAUAUGUGAUCGUCUAGCAUAUCUUCUACAGCUCGCUGGUGUUGGACCCGAAAUCAAGGUUGCACUGAUCUUUCAAAAAUCUUUGUGGGCUGUAGUCGCCAUGAUGGCAGUGAUGAAAGCAGGAGGAACUUUUGUUCCUAUGAGCCCCGACCAUCCUGAAGAGCGAAUCAGAAAGCUGGUGAAGCAAAUAGGUGGCAAGAUGAUCAUGUGCUCCGAAAGUCUCCUCCCCUCGCUCGAGGGUAUCGCAGACAAAACACUUGCUGUGGGAAAAUCGAUGCUCGAAACCUUGCCCGAAGGAGUGCUGGAUGCAAGUGUUCAGCCAAACAAUUCUGUUUAUAUUAUGUUCACUUCUGGCAGCACUGGAGAACCAAAGGGAUGCGUUAUAGAGCAUGCUACUUGCUGUGCUACUAUGCGUCAUCUCUCCAAUAUCUCCAAAAUGAGUCCUCAUAGUCGCACUCUUCAGUUAUCGGCAUAUACUUUUGAUGGCAUGGUUUUCGAGAUUCUUGUUACUUUGGGUGUUGGAGGCGUUGUUUGCAUACCUUCAGACGACGAGAAAAUGAACAACAUUACAUCAGCAAUCAACCGAAUGCAAGUUAAUACUGCAUUCAUGACACCUGCCUUUGGGAGAUUGAUCCUUCCAGAAUCUGUGCCAACCCUAAAAACUCUUCUUAUAGGAGGAGAAAAAGUGAUCCAAGAGGAUUUAGAUCAAUGGUCCGGAAAGUUGCGGUUAUUGCAAGUGUAUGGACCUACGGAAUGUUGCUGCAUGUGCACUGCUACUGAAAUCACUGGGAAAGGUGUGAACCCUGCUAGACUGGGGUCUGGUUUCGUCGGAAGCUUUAUUGUGCUUGACGAGAACGACCAAUUAGCUCAACGGGGAGCUGCAGGUGAAUUAUUGAUUGGUGGAACACUUGCGAGGGAGUAUUUCAAAAAUCCCGAAAAGACGGAGGCGUCAUUUGUCCCUACGCCUUCCUGUAUCCCUGCUGAAUCUACUCGAUGGAAAAGGUGGUAUAGGACAGGUGACUUGGUCAAAAUGGAUGCCGAUGGAUCAAUCGUAUAUAUCUCUCGGAAAGAAGCGGGUGCACAAGUCAAGCUAAACGGCCAAAGAAUUGAGAUGGGUGAAAUCGAAAGUCAUCUUCACAAAAAUCUAGACAAUGUUAUAGAUCUUGCCACAGUGGUAGCAACCCCUGUGGAUGGCAGAUCGCCAUUCCUAGCAGCCUUCUUGUGUUUUAGAGAUGGUGGUAAUAGUAGAGAAAAGGAAGAAAGCUCACUUUUCAAGAAGUGUCUUGAUGAGUCAAUCGUCCGAUCACUUCUUGACCGCUUGAGUCUUGUACUGCCACAAUACAUGAUACCAAAAGUAUACAUACCCAUAUCAUCGAUACCACUUACUAUCUCUCAGAAGUGUGAUCGCCAAACCCUACAGACUCUUGCAGCUAGCUUAACGCCCUCAGAAUUUGCAUAUUAUUCUGGUCAAGAUGCUACACACUCCGCUCCUUUGACCAACAACGAGCUUCAAAUGCAGCGUCUAUGGGCCGUUAUUUUAAAACUUCCAACACGUAGCAUAGGCAGGAACGAUAGUUUUACACGUCUUGGUGGAGAUUCCAUUCUUGCUAUGAAGCUCGUUGCAGCUGCACGAGAAGAUGGCAUAAAUUUGACGGUUGCAAACAUAUUCCAAAGUCCGAUCCUAUCAGAUUUGGCCAAAACACUAGUGGAUGCCAAUUCCUCUUCAGUUGUUGGACAGGACAAUAUCCCUGCAUUUUCUAUGAUUGGAGGGCGCGUUCAGCUGCUGAAAGCAACCAUUGAUGGUGGUCUCAACCCAGAGCAUGUUGAAGACUUGUACCCAUGUACUCCUUUUCAAGGAUCUAUCAUGGCACUCUCAAUGAGCCAUCCUGGCACGUAUGUUGCACAACACGUUUUUGAAUUAUCCAAGGACAUAUACUCUAAUAUUGACAAGUUCUGUGACGCUUGGAAUGAAGUUGUACGUUCGAAUCCAAUUCUACGAACGCGUAUCAACCAGCACGAAUCAGCAGGCCUGGUGCAAAUGGUUAUCAGAGAAGAUGUUACAUGGGAGGUGCAAGAUAACCUCCAAGGAUAUUUGGAAUCUGAUAAAGCGCAGCCUAUGGGCUUAGGGAGUCCUCUUAGCCGUUAUUGUAUUGUCGAAGAGACAAUAUCAGCCGAUCACAAGUAUUAUUUCGUCCUUACCCUACAUCAUGCAGUAUACGACGCCUGGAGCAUAAAUUUGAUGCUUCAACAGGUGGGAAAAGAGUAUGGAAGACUCGCGCACAUUCCUAGGAAUGAUGCCAACUUACCUCAACCCCAAAAUAUUCCGUUCAAUCGUUUCAUGAAGACCAUUGUCGAUUUAGAUCGUCUUGCAGCAGAAAACUUUUGGAUAUCAGAGCUUGCGAGUGAAGGUGCAAAGAUUUCACAUUUUCCAAGCAUCAAUUCUGGCUACCAACCUCAGCCUGGUGCAACAGCCAUUAAAGAUAUCAAGUUAGUUCGAGAGGCUAAUUCCGACUACCGAAUUUCGAAUAUUAUCCGAACAGCUUGGGCAAUUGCCAUAAGUAACUACUCCAAUUCUAACGAUAUCAUCUUCGGAGAGGUCUUGACAGGCCGUACUGGUUCAUCAGCCGAUCUAACUCGAGUAGUUGGACCUACAUUAGCUACCGUUCCGGUUAGGAUCACAUUGGAUCCUCAGGGCACAGCUCUUAGUCUACUGAAGAAGGUUCAGGCUAAAAUGAUCCAGAUGAUGCCCUUUGAACAGAUUGGUCUAUCCAAUAUUCAACGAUUAGGCGAAGGACUGAACAAGGCAUGCCAGUUCCAGAAUAUCUUGGUCAUACAACCUAGAGAAAAUUCAGCCAUCGACGACUCAUUUAUGGGACGACGUCGAAUGGAUCUUGUGGAAGCAACUGUAUGGGAUACAAAUGCUUUAACUCUAGAAUGCCAUCUUACUGAGGAGGGAAUGAAGGCCAAGGCAAUCUUUGACUCGGAAAUUAUAGACAGUCGACAAAUGGAGAGGAUGCUCUCCCAGUUUCAGCACAUCCUUCAGCAAUUAUGCCAUGAAGACGCAAGAAAAUCUGUCCAAGAUAUCAACUCUAUCAGUGAAGUUGAUCUAGAGCAUGUUUGGGAAUGGAAUUCUACAUUACCAGAGGUAAUGAAGUCUUGCGUACAUGAAGUUAUCGAUAUCAUGACAAAGCACGAUCCUCAUGCCCCAGCAAUUGCCUCUUGGGAUGGCGAUUUGACUCGCGCUGAGCUAGAUAGUCUAUCAUCUCGUCUAGCGUCUCAAUUGAUGAAGUAUGGAAUAGGGCCAGGAAGCAAAGUGCCUCUAUUCUUCACGAAAUCAAAAUGGGCCAUCGUAGCUACACUGGCAACUAUCAAGUCUGGAGCUGCAUUUGUACCCUGCGACCCUUAUCAUCCUCGGUCGCGUCUUCUUUCACUUAUUGAGCAAGUCAACGCUCAAGUAAUUCUUUGUUCAAACGACGUUCGGCAGUCCUGCUUAGAUUUGUUUCCCUGCGGUAAAACAAUUGUGGUGGAGGAAAGCGAGAUCGAACUGUUACCAGAACUAACAGACAUUUUAAGCAAUGUUAGCCCUGUGGACCCUCUCUACAUCUGUUUCACCUCAGGUACUACUGGGACUCCCAAAGGUACAGUAGUGACCCAUGAAGCAUAUUGCUCGGGCGCGAGAGAUCAUGGUAAAGCGCUUCACUUUGGACCAACUUCACGAUUUUUACAGUUUGCGUCCUACAGCUUCGACACCUCUAUCGAGGAUAUUUUAACAACCCUGAUGACGGGAGGCUGCCUUUGCAUACCAUCUGAGGGAGAACGGACUUCAGAUAUCGUGGGAGCAAUAGCUAGAAUGAAUGUUAACACGGCAGACCUAACACCUUCUUAUAUAAGCUCGAUCUCACCUGAAUCUGUUCCUACAUUGAAGAGAAUAACUCUUGGUGGAGAGCCUAUCACUGCUAAUGUUAUCAAAACCUGGGCAGAUCGCGUUCAUUUGAUUAAUGCUUUCGGAACUACUGAAUGUUGCGUAACAAGUGUAGUGAAUGCAGAUAUCUCUCCCAGCACAUCUCCUACAAACAUUGGGCGUGGAGCAGGCGCAGUCACUUGGAUUGUUGAUACUGAAGAUUCAAACCGUCUUCUACCAAUCGGUGCAAUUGGUGAACUGCUAAUUGAAUCACCCGCCAUGGCCUCAGGAUAUCUUGGCGACGAGGUGAAGACUAGAGCCGUUUUUAUCGAUAGUCCCAAAUGGGCUCGUAAUUUCAGCUCGAGUCACCGUCCUACACGUCUCUACAAAACUGGCGAUCUUGCCCAAUACAACUCUGAUGGAACAAUCAAUUACCUCGGCCGGAAGGAUACUCGCAUCAAACUUCGUGGACUUCGCAUAGAAAUUGCUGACGUGGAGCAUCACAUACUCAGUCAUCCACAAGUUAGAAAAGCCAUGGUUGUAUUGCCUACUUCUGGGCCAUAUGUUGAUCAACUUACGGCUGUAAUCGAGCUCGAAACCUCAACAGACUCGGAGAUAGCCAGUGGCAUUGCGGUAGUUUCUCACUUGGAACUUGAAGCUUCCGGAUUCAAAUGGUCCCGAAUUGCAAAUCACCUGUUAGAUCACCUGCCAAGUUACAUGAUUCCUUCUUCUUGGGUCGCAAUGAAGACCAUACCACUUCACACGUCCGGAAAGCUGGAUCGUCCUAGACUCACCAAGUGGCUUAAUAGUCUUCCGGUGAUCCAAAAAGCUGAGAGUUAUCCCAAGAGCAGCGAAGCACCUUUGUUACCAUCAGAUGAUCAUAUUGCAUUUGAAAUCAGCGAUAAAAUUGCACAGCUUGUUGCAACGAAGCCUUCAUCACACCUAAAUUCCGAUAUCAUAGGUCGUGAUGUUAACCUUGCUUCUAUUGGAAUUGACUCCAUCAAGAUGAUGUCCCUUGCAGCUUUCAUUAAACGAUCGUAUGGUAUCACUAUACCUAUGCCCAAGCUCAUCAACUAUCAGACCGCAAUUUCGGAUGUUUCAAAACAUAUUCGGUCUGCGACCAAGUUCAAAGGCGAGAAGCCCAUAGACUCAGCACCUACUCUUGAUUUGAUGCAAGAAAUAACCGAUCUAGACAUACAACUAGCCUCAAUGCAGCAUUACUUUGGAGUUGUUUUCUUGACAGGUGCCAGCGGAUUUCUGGGUACUCAGAUACUUCGAGAACUUCUUGAAAGACCUGGCGUCAAGAAGGUUAUUGUGCAUGUACGCGCUUCAUCCAAUGAGAAUGGCAAACAACGGAUCAUAGCAGCAGCUAAAUCCGCAAGAUGGUGGCAUGAAACUUUCGCAACGAAACUCGAAAUAUGGACGGGAGACUUAGCUAAACCUAUGUUAGGUUUGAGUUUCGGGCAAUGGCAAAAACUAAGCACAGUCGAUGCCAUCAUCCAUAAUGGAGCUUCAGUGCAAUGGAAUGCGGAUUAUCACACUCUUAAAGCUGCCAAUGUCACGUCUACCUUUGAUAUUCUGAAGAAUAUUACAGGAGCUGUGUCGCCUCCGAGAUUCGUCUAUGUAUCUGGAGGUCGUGAUUUCGAAGGAGAGAUGGAUGAUAAUACGACCGCAAUGAGAUUGAAGGGACUUGAUGGUUAUAGCCAGACGAAGUUCGUUUCAGAGCUCCUGGUAAGAAACUUUGCUCAACGAGCCACAUCUUUUGCCCAAGGCAAUCAUGUCUCUAUCGUCAAACCGGGACUGAUCAUUGGUACAACCCGGGAAGGAGUGGCCAAUACCACUGACUUCCUAUGGAGAUAUGUAGCUGGCGCAAUAAACGUCGGCGCAUAUCCUAUUCCAGACAAAAAUGAUUGGUUGACUAUUGCACAUGCGGAUUUCGUCGCAAAUUCGACUAUCAAUGCCUUGGUCAAUACUCCCAGUGACUCAAAUUAUACAUUGGAUAUAACUGGCGGAAUCGACAUGCAACGAUUCUGGGAUAUUGUCAAUAAAACUAUGGGGCAUGAACUUCGCCCGACUACUUCAAGUGGAUGGGCGAAGUUGAUCCAGAAGGAUAUGGAGAAGAAGACGGAAGCCCAUCCGCUUUGGCCGGUAGCUCAUCUUAUCACUGAGGAGGGAAAUUUGGGCAAGAGUAAGAGACCAAGGGAAUUGGAUACUGUGUUUGAGAAGCAGAUAGAGGAGGCGAUCAAGAAGAAUGUGGAGUAUUUGAACGAGAUUGGUUAUUUUAGGUAG